UUGAAUGCACCUCUCUUUUUGCUUUAGGUGCAAACACAAACAUUUGAAAUCUGAGUGAAAUACUGUUUCAAUAAGUGAGAGAUGCCAGGAUUGUGGUGCAUGUAGUUUAUGAGAAGGUCUUAGUUUGUGUACAUCACUUCUUCGGUUACUUGGAAUUGAUAUUUACUAUUGUCAGGUCCAGCUGUGAACGUUUGCCGUUCACAUGCAUGCAGGUUAUUGUGGUUUUUAGUAUUGUAUGUGUUGAAUUAGGACAUGUUGCAGUUAUAUUCCGUCCUUUUAUCCAGAUAUAGAAAGCCUGAGUAAGUCUGUGAACUCCUGUUUGAAUAACUGAGACAGGCCAGACCUUUGCUGCAUGUAGUGUAUGUGGAGGUGAGAUAUUCCCAGCACAAUAUUGUCAUGUGCAACCCUAGGAGAUUUUACAAUUCACAUGCAUGCAUGCAGGCUGAUUUUGUAUUAAUAUAUGAAUAUUGAGUAACAUACGUUGUUUUAUUGUUAGUACCUGGACACAGGUAGAUCAUCAUACUGUAUACAUGUGUAUACUGCUUCUGCAUGCAAGUAUUUGUGCACAUAUAUGUAUUUAAAAUAAGGAAAGAAUAUAUUCUCACUUAUAUUUCACUUACUUCAAAUGAGAUUAUAUUGAUUAUUGUCUGCUUGUGACCUUUCCUUAAGUCUUACAUCUCCUUUCUAUAACUCUUGUUCUUUCUAUGAAUGUGUUCUCUGUUCAGGCCGACUUGCAAACAUGAAGGAGGCAAUGUGUAGGAGUGUGAAAUAAUGUUUAAAUCAAUGUGAAUGACCAUGUUGGUGGUUCAUGUAGUUUAUGAGACUUUUUUCCUGCCCUUCAUUUGUGUGCUUCUGUUCUCCAGCUACCUGAAGCUAAAUUCAAUAUUGUCAAGUGCAAGUGUUAGGAAGGUUGUAAUUCACAUGCACGCAGGCUUAUUGUGUUUUUGCAUUACUGUUGGUGUUGAAUUACGACAUUUUCCUUUGAACAUUUCCCUUGUUGUGCAUUUAUAUUCCCCCUUCCUUCGCAGAUAUAGAGAGCCUGAAUAAGUCUGUGAACUACUGUAUGUGGAGACAUGAAGAGCAACAGCAGCCUGAACCCUCCCUACUUUCAGUUGACUCUGUUUGCAGACUUUGGGCCCCUCAGAUACCUGUUCUUCAUCUUGUGUCUGUUCAUCUAUGUGACUAUAGUCUCUGCUAACAUGGUCAUUAUUCUGGCAGUGUUCCUGGAGAAGGCUCUGCAUCAGCCCAUGUAUAUUUUCAUCAGCUCUCUGUGUGUAAACUCUCUGUUUGGCUCAGCUGGAUUCUUCCCCAGGUUCCUGCAGGACAUCGUCUCUGACUCUCAUUUGGUCUCACGUCCAUUAUGCUUUAUUCAGGUGUAUGUUAUUUACACCUAUGCUUCCUGUGAGAUGACCAUCCUCACCAUCAUGGCCUACGACAGAUUCAUUGCUAUCUGUCAGCCCUUACACUACCACAGUAAAAUGACCUUCAAAUGGGUGCAGGUUCUUGUGCUCGUUGCUGUUUUAUACCCAGUAUUUACUAUUGGCUUCUUACUCUAUCUUACUGUUAGAUUACCGCUGUGUGGAAAUAAACUGAACCGGAUUUUCUGCUCUAACUGGCCUGUGGUGCAGCUCUCCUGUGUGGACACCACUCCAAACAACAUAGCUGGUCAGUUUCUCUCGGUGACCAUCAUCUUCAUCCCCCUAUUCUUCGUCCUGUACACAUAUCUACAGAUUCUGCUGGUCUGCAGGAAGAGAUCGUCUGAAUUUAGAGGAAAGGCAUUACAAACCUGCCUGCCUCACAUCGUGUCCUUUAUGACCUACUCCAUCUCUCUCUUCCUCGAGGUGUCUUUAACUCGAUUUGAGGCUGAUCAACUGAAUCCAAGCAUCACAGUUAUUUUGUCUUUAGCGUAUCUGAUCAUUCCCCCCCUCAAUAACCCUAUCGUGUAUGGCCUGGGUCUGCCUCAAAUCAAAGGAGUCGUGUUAAGAUUUCUGAAGAAGGGUCCUGCUGCUGAAAUAUAAAAGGAAUAUGUUGACCAUGUUAGAUUGUGUUUCCUAUCAUAAUUAUUUAAAGGGAUACAUGAUUAGAUAGAGAUCAACAUAAAGCACAACAACAAUAUUGUAUAUGCUUGAUUUAACUCAGAUUUGGCUUGAAUUUCCCUCAAAUGUUAAAAUAUUACUAUUCUGUUAAAUGUAAUAGAUUUAAAGUUAGAACACAUAUUAUGUUCUGCCUCUUCAUGCAUAUUUAAGGUCAAUAUUAAAAUGUAUUUUAUUUGAACAUGUCCUCAUAAAAGUAGAUUUGACAGGAAUUCAGGUUUACUGUAUGUUAGGCAUUGUGAUGUUACACCACUUACUGUUAUUGUGUUUUAAUGUUUUGUUGUGAAUCAUUCACCCUUUGUUACUAUAAUGAAAAUGUAAUGAUUAAGUAAUAUAUUCAAUAAACAACAGUCUACAGCCA